AUGGUGCUAAGAUUUGGACAGACGUUUAAGAAUGGCUACGCUUUUAGCAGGCCGUUCAUUAGAAGAUACAAUUUUCGAAGUAGAUCCAAUGCCAACAAAAAUACUCAGAUGACUACCACAGGUACAAACAUUGCCAAUGCAAUUAUAGAAAUCAACGACGCCAAUAACUUCAAGUUUCUUAGGGAUCCUAAUUUGAUACCUAAGCAUGAUCCAUUCAAUAUUGAGCAGUAUGAAAGAACCCACCCUGAAAAGGGAGUUGAGUUGACAUCAGAGUCCGAUGCCAAAAACUUCAGGUCUCAACCCUCUGAAUCAGCCGAUCCUCAGGGAAUGCCGGAGUCAUUCUUAGAUACCAAUGAGAUGGUAGAAGAAUUGAAAAGGGGGGGGUUCACAAACGCACAAUCAGAAAUAAUCAUGAAUGUGACACGUGACGCGCUGCAGAAGAAGAUGACUUGGCUACAUGGAGAAUUGGCACCUAGGGUGGAUAUGGAGAAUGAGAGCUAUUUGUUUCAGGCAGCACACAACGAAUUAUUGGUGGAGGUGACGAAUUCCCGAGAAAUCUCCUUGAUGAACCUACAAAACUCUUCAGUUAUACUUAAAAGGGUGCUCAAUAAUCUACAGGACGAGACAAGUACUACAAUUCAGUUGAACGAUGAUACCAUUCGAAUGGAAUUAAGUCAGUUUAAGCACGAAAACAACCUCCAGCAGAGAUCACUGGAGAUAAAGAACACAGAUUUAAAUAAUCGAAUAAUCAGCGAAUUGAUGUCUGGAUUGAGGUCCACUAUAGAACAGUUCCGUUGGGAGUUGACCAGGGCCGGAAUAUUUGCCAUAAUGCUGAUGGCAGUUUCGAUUCUUGGUGGAUGGAGAUUAACUUCAAAGAUGAAAGCUGUCGAGGCUGAAGAUGAAUCAAACAUCAAACAUCCAGAGCUCUCAUAUAGACACGAGCCGGCAGACGAGGAAAGUCAUGAUUAUGAAGCCGAUUUGGAUGAGAAUGUUCCAGUUCAAAUUCUAAAGAGUGAGGGCAUUGGUAGCUCUUGGAUUAUUGAGAGGGGUUUCUCCGCAAAGCCUGAAAGGUUGCAAGCGAGGAGAGGUGUUGCCAACCUCGCCAGCUUCAAGGCUCCUGCCUAUAUCACUAACCAGACCAACAAGGCAUUUGGACGGGAUGAUCGUUUGGACUGGGAUUUACUUAAGAGUGAGAUCUUUUCGCUUACCGAUGAACCCACAGAAGUUCCGUUGGUGAUCAACGGUGAAGAGGUCUUUUCAGGUAGAGAAAAGGCCCCCAUUAUCAACCCUGGUAACUUGAAGCAGACCUUGGGUCAAUAUGCAAAAGCUACACCUGAGGAUGUCGACAAGGCUAUUCAGACAUCUCUUGAAGCAAAGAAGGAAUGGGCCAAUACGAGCUUUGCCGAUCGUGCAUCCAUUUUUUUGAAAACGGCAGAGUUGAUAACUACCAAAUACCGCUAUAAAAUGUUGGCAGCUACUAUGUUGGGUCAAGGUAAGAACGUUUUCCAGGCAGAGAUUGAUUGCAUUGGAGAAUUGAGCGAUUUCUUGCGUCUCAAUACAAAAUGGGCCGCUGAACUGUAUGCCAGCCAACCCGAAAAAGCUGCUCAAGGAGUAUGGAACCGGGUAGAGUACCGUCCUUUGGAAGGUUUCGUUUAUGCUGUCACUCCAUUCAAUUUCGUAGCCAUUGCCGGUAAUUUGGCUGGAACCCCUGCAUUGAUGGGUAAUACCGUCGUUUGGAAACCAUCUGAUUCCUCCAUUUUAAGUAAUUAUCUUGUUUACAAGAUCUUCGAAGAAGCAGGACUUCCAAAAGGUGUCAUCAACUUCAUUCCUGGUGAUCCCGUGUUGAUCAGCGAGAAGGUUUUCUCCAGCUCUGCUUUCAAUGCUUUGCAUUUCACUGGAUCUACCCAAGUGUUCCGUAGUCUGUGGGGGGAAAUUGCCAAAAACGUCUCUGAAGGUGUCUACAAGGACUUUCCAAGAAUUGUAGGAGAGACUGGAGGUAAGAAUUUCCACUUGAUUCAUCGAUCGGCUGACCUUGAAAAUGCAGUCUAUAAUACUCUCAGGGGAGCUUUCGAGUUCCAAGGCCAGAAGUGUUCUGCUACCUCUCGUUGCUAUGUCGCUCAGUCGAUCUGGCCUGAGUUCAAGAAGCUUCUUGUUGAGGAAACCGAAAAGAUCGUUCCGGCAAAUACCACAUCCAGUGAAGGUCUUCAUAGCUUUUUGGGACCAGUAAUUCAUGAAAGGUCGUUCGAUAAGCUAGCGAAAGGCAUCGAUAGUAUCAAAUCUGAUCCAGAAUUGCAACUUCUUACUGGUGGUAAGUACAACAAGUCUCAGGGUUACUUUGUUCAACCAACUAUUGUUCAAACCAAGAACCCGUCACAUAAAUUCAUGAAACAGGAGUUCUUUGGUCCUCUGCUCACAUGCUACGUUUAUCCUGACCAGCAAUAUGAAGAGGUCCUGGCCCUUAUUGAUUCCACAAGCCAAUACGGCUUGACUGGUUCGGUCUUCGCCACAGACAGAUCGGCAAUUAGACUUGCGGAGGAGAAAUUGAGAUACGCUGCUGGUAAUUUCUACAUCAACGAUAAAUGUACAGGCGCCGUUGUUGGACAGCAAUGCUUUGGUGGUUCUAGAGCCUCGGGUACCAACGAUAAGGCUGGUAGCUCACACUUUGUCUCGAGAUGGGUCACUCCAAGGGCCAUCAAGGAGAACUUCCAGGAAGUUACUGGUUUCACUUACCCGUCAAACGUUCUCCCGAAAAAUUGA